AUGUAUCGCGCGUGGAGAUUGGCCCUCCAGGGUAUUUCCGACGUCAAAGGACUCUAUCCGACCUUUGUUAUCAACCUAGCUCCCGCCGGCGCAGCAAGAGUAGGCAGGGAUAAUGGGAUCGGAAAUGUCUGGGGCUUGGAGGAUACGCCAAUGAUUUUAGAGCGAUUACACAACGCCAACCGGAAAAACAAGAUCAGCUCCGAGUUCGUCUACAUGGGCGAUGCUGGCGAGUGGCAGGACCCGUUCGCUGGGUUCCCAGCAGAGAAUGUGCGUCGGAUAAAGGUCAUCCAGAAGAAUUACGACCCUCAGGGGGUUUUCACCAGGCUGAAUACGGGAGGAUUCAAGUUAAGCACUGUCUAA